AAAAUAAUUAUUAAUAUGAAUAUUGUUUUUUCAGAUGGUUUCUCUGAUGUGAAUUUUAAUAAACAUUUGAUUUUCGACUUAAAUCAAAUUGAGAAAACUCAAAAGAAUGAAAUUUCUUCAUUUUCAUGUUUUGAAAACAGUGAUGAAAGAGCAGAACUUCACUCGCCUAUAUUUAAGAAAAUGACAAUAUCAGUCAAAAAUACAAAUAUGGAUAAUUCUGAUACAGAAAACUUAUGUUUACAAAGCAAAUAUGAUGCUAUUAUCAAUUGUGAUAAUUCAGAUGAUUUAGAUAAUUAUCAAAAACUUUCUCAAAUACCUAAUGGAUUAAUAAAUCAUUCCUCAAAGAUGAACAAACUGAAAUCAAGUGACUGUCAUAUAGCUGAUAUUUCUAGAGGACUGUGUAACUGGAAAGCAAUUAUAUUUUUAGUAUUAUGGUAUUUUUUUAGUUUCACAACACUGUUUUUGAAUAAAUAUAUUCUUGCAUAUCGAAAAGGCGAUCCAACUGUUUUGGGAAUUGUUCAAAUGUUUUGUUGUGCUAUUUGUGGAUAUAUUCAAUUACAUUUCUCAUGUGGAUUAUAUAAAAAAUUACCUCCAAGAAAGAUAACACUUCAGUGUUUAUUACGAAUGGCUCUUGUUGGCAGUUUAAGGUUUUCUACUGUCCUACUUGGGUUAAUUGCACUUUGGUAUGUUCCUGUUUCAUUUGCUGAAACAGUGAAAAGUUCAGCACCUGUUUUUACAGUUGUAAUAUCCAGGUUAAUUCUUGGUGAUAAGACAAGUCUUUUGGUUAUAUCAUCUCUCUUUCCUGUCAUGGGUGGAUUGGCUUUAUGUAGUGCAAAUGAAUUGAGUUUUAAUACUUUAGGAUUUAUUGCAGCUGUGGCAACAAAUCUUUCAGAGUGUUUUCAAAAUGUAUAUUCUAAAAUGUUAUUAAGUGGAGAAAAAGUUACCUAUAGUCCUCCUGAACUUCAGUGUUUCAGUAGUUUAGCAUCUAUAGGAGUACAAAUACCAGCAUCAAUUAUGCUGGUUAAUUUUCCUAAGGUUUGGGCAGGCCUAAACCAUGAAAUGAUAUUAAUAUUAGUACUCGGAGGAGUUUCAUUCCAUUGUCAGAGUUUAAUGGAAUAUAUGUUGUUGGGAUAUAUAUCACCUGUUACGCACAGUGUUGCAAAUACGACUAAACGAGCAUUACUUAUUUGGUUAUCGGUAUUAACAUUUGGCAAUAAAGUGACGUUUUUGAGUGGCUUGGGAACAAUGAUUGUAAUUUUUGGUGUUGUAUUUUAUAAUAAAGCACAAGAAUUAACAAUGAGAACACCAACUCCAAUAGUUCCACCUUUUUCUGCUGGUGCCAAAGGAGGAGUACAUGCAAUUUGAUAUUUAUUUAUGCUAAUGGGAUGUAAAUUUUAUUACAUAUGU